AUGAAAAAUGCUGCCUCACAUGGGUUGUUUCUCUUCAGUGCCCCAAAGGAAACCAUUGAAGUGGUUCAGGAAAGUGAAAUGACAAAUACUGAAGAGGUGAAUAACGGUAUUUAUUUUGGCUACCCAUCUCGACGUCAUAGCUGUGCUGUUGUAAACAUCCCAGCACCAUGUGUCAACAAAAUUAUUUCACACAUUGAAGAUAUGGAGUCUAAAAUACAGGAGCACUUGAAAAGGUUUGAAACUUCUUUUGAAGAAUGGAGCAGAACUUCUUCCAUAAGAGACCUGCAGGAAGAUGUUAGUAUUGUCACAUCAGUGGAAAAGGUCAAACAAGAAGGAGAGAGAGAUGAAAGGUGUCCAGAAUUAAAGCAGGAAAUGGAAACAUUACUGUCAGAGGCCAUCCAUCUCAUUAAGAGUCUAGAAACUGACCGGGCAGAUGCUGAAGAAGCUUUAAACCGACAAAGAGCAAGAAAGUCACAGAUUAGUACGAAAAUUGACUCUUGGUCAAUCUGGAAACUUCAAGAACUCCCUUUAGCUGUGCAGAAAGAACACGAGACUUAUUUGAGGGAUAUUGUAGAAUUACAAUGGAAUCUUGAGGAUAAAAUUACCCAACAAAAUCAUUUUGAGGAACAAAAGAAACAGUUAGAAGAAGCUAAUACAAAGAUUCAAGCAGAUAUAGACUUCAUGUUUGAACGUUGCUGUCAGCUGGAGGCAAAGCAUAAACAGGAACUUGAAGCUCUGAAUGAAUGUUAUCAAAAAAAAAGAGAGGUAACAAGAUUAUUCGAACAAGUUCAUGAUGAACUAGAAGAAACUUUGGCAAACUAUGAAAAUCUCAAAUUAAGGGCUAACAAAAAGAAAGAUGACAUCUACAAAGAUAUUUACAGUAAUGAAAUGAACAUAGUAGGCUACAAGAAACAGAUUGAUAACCUUGAGCAGCUCUGUGAUCACUACUGUUCAUCAAUAUACAAUGCUAAUAUUAACAUGGAGGAGCAAGAAGGUGCGGUGACUGAAGUACUAAGGGAAACAAAGUCAUCAACAGAGGAAUUGGAGUCUCUCACCAAAACACUAGAUGAUCUGAGAAAAAAUUAUGAGCAACUAUCCUGGAAGCAAAAACUCACUGACCAGAAAUAUAAGGAAGCAGUUAAUAAUUUUUAUAUUGUAAAAAAAUCUUGGGAUAGUGAGCUUUCUGUCAUCACACAAGAUUAUUCAGAGAUUUCAAUAACCUGUGGUAAAAUGAGGGAUGACAAUAGAAGAAUUGAAAUAGAUAUUGACACCAUAACAAGACAGAUUACUGACAGUAUAAGGAAUAGAGCAGAAUAUGAGUCUGAAAUAAAAUCUUUGUUAAAAGUGAAGGCAAUGAACGAUGAAGUGCUCAAACAGCUCUUUAAGGAGGCUUAUCAGAUCGGUUCUGUUUACCACCUAACCAAACAUAAAGUAGAGGAGAUAGAAAUUAAAAUAUCCGAAGUGAGAAGAAAAUUUAAGGCCAGAGAAGACUUCUUGAAAAAACUCACCCGAAUUCAAGUGACUAACUCGAUGAUGAUUCAGAAGAGGCUGUAUUCCCUUCAAGAAACGCAGCUACAGGAGAGGCAUGAACUAAUGAAAAAGAAAGCCAUCUACACUCUAGCACUGGCAGAAAUAGAGCCACCUCUGCUGGACCUAGAAGCAGAGGCUGAGAGGAUCAGAGCUCUCCACAAAAGACACUCUGACAAACUUUAUGACGUAAUUGUGAAGAAAAGUUUUGUUAAAAGAAAAGUGGCAAAAACACAUAAAAGAUUGAGAAAAAGGGGAAAGAAAACCCGUGCGGCACUGAUAGCAACUGAGGGUAAACGUUCAUUAAUUUUUCAGGAAAUAGACACCACUAAAAAUAAAACAGUUACUUUCCAGGCACAAAUAAAGGAAAUGGAUGAGGCAUUAAAAGCAAUAGAAAAGAGAAGGAAUAGUUUGGACGUGAUGAUUGAUAUUUUAAAGGAAAAAUUUUUAACUGUGAGAUUUAAAAAGGAACAGGCACAAGCUGUGUUUGAUCAUUUAACAGAAGAGAAAAAACAAUGUGAAGAGAGAAUUUCACAGGAAGAUAAGAGGUUUAGGGCACUUCUUGCUAUGAGGCAAAAAACUCUGGAAGAAAUUGAAGUAAGUAUUAUUUUUGACACACUGGAAGAAAAUCUACGUUUAGCUCAAGAGUAUGAAAAGUUGCAGGAUAUUUUCUUAACAGAAAAGGACAAUUAUUUGAAUCUGUAUGAUAGACAGCUAUCACUUGAUGCUUCACUUAGAGAUAAUAAACAGCUCCGUCAGCUGCUGAAAUGGAUGCAGGAACUGUGGAGGGAGUACUUCAGACUGGUGGUCCUCUUCAGCCAGAUGAAGCUGGCCAAAUUCCAGGCAAACUCCCAGGAGAGCAUUCAGAAAAUAUUAGCUGUGCAGGAGGAAUCUUCAAAUUUAAUGCAACACAUCGUAGAUUUCUUCCAGACUUUGACAGAUGGCUCAUGCAAAAACAAUGGUUAAGCAAACAACUGACGUAUCUUGGAUGCUAAAAUAAAAGACAAGAAAAGUCACACAGUUCAGAUAACAGUGUAAUUGGACAUUCACCUGUUUGCCAUUUUACACUUCCAUGGACCAAAAACUCACUCACCUCCCAGCAUGCUUUGCCACUUUUUUACUUACAGCAAAUCCAUAACAAUGAAACAGGUGACUUUCAUGCUGCUGUCAGGAACGAUCUAAUUUCAGCUCUGGGUGACUGAUUGCAAUUGGCUUUGCCUCAUCUGAUAAUUAAUCUAUGUCACCAUUAAUUGGAAGAGAGAAUAAUUACUGGCGGUGUUGACAGUGACUGUUCGCUUCCCCAGAUUUCCCCAUCGUGUUGGCCCAAAUAAAGGCUUUGCCAUGCAGUACUUAAAGUUUGUGUAAACUGUAACAAUAUCUAUGCCCAUGUGACACUUUCAGACACUCUGUCUAAUGUACUUUUGUUUUUGUGUUUACCAAUCUUUUUUAGCUCACUGAGAGCUGUCUCUCUCAAUCACUCCUCAAUGUUCUAUCUUAAUUUUGUGGAAGUUUAAAGUUUUCAAUGAGCUGGAGAUGAAUGAUUAAUGAAUAAAUUUAAAUGCUUCAUUUUGUCCA